GUAAGAAGUAACCUGGGCAUAGAGCAAAAGCCCCCCACCUGCUCCCCGCCCCUCCCUGCCUGGGUCGCUGCAGCGCUGUCUGGAAGUUGGCGAACAUUGUUCUUAUUUGUGGUUUUCAUUUCUUACCGUAUACACAUACGGUUGUGUAUAAUUAAGAAGAUAGAUGGUUGUUUUAUGUGUCCAUUGUUUACAUAAAUGGUACAAUAGUAUGGUUUUGCAACUUGAUUUUUUUGUCUUAACAUUUUGUUUUAUAGUUCUAUACUUGUAGAUCUGUUUUAACUUUCUGAUAGUUUACUUCAUGGUUUAAUGAUUUGUCCCUUACUAGUCAGAAUGUGUUUUAGUUUUAUUGUUAAAACACACUGGACUGGCUGCGGUGGCUCUCGCCUGUAAUCCAAGCACUUUGGGAGGCUGAGGCAAGGAGAUUGCUUGAGCCCAGGACUUCAAGACCAGCCUGGGCAACAUGAUGAAACCCCUGUCUCUAUGAAAAAUACAAAAAAUUAGCCAGGCGUGGUGGUGCACGCCUGUAGUCCCAGCAACACAGGAGGCUGAGGUGGGAGGAUCACUUGAGCCUAGGAGGUCGAGGCUGCAGUGAGCCGUGAUUAUGCCACUGCCCUCCAGCGUGGGCAACAGACUGAGACCCUGUCUCAAAAAGAAAAAAAGAAAAACCGCGUGUUGCCUCAGUGCAGACCCUAGGCAGCCUGUCAUGGCAGUCCCAGUGAGACUACCUGGAAUGGACCCUUGGAGGGUCCCUGCCCUCCCGUCGCCUCACGCCCACCACCCUGGCUGGCCUCUCUCCGUUUCAUUUGCACCUCCCCAAUCUCCCUGAUUGCUAGUGAAGUGGAAUGCCUUGUGUGUUUGUUUUUCCCUGCUGGAAACCGCUCCCCUGCCCUGAGACAGCCUCCGGUGCUUCUGCUGUGUCCCAGGAAACAAGCCUGAAGCAAGCACUCACCAUCCCUCAAGAAUGUGCCCUGACCCACCUUCCUCACCACGGUGGCAUCAGGGCCAGGCUCCUGUAACCGCCAGGCAGCGGCCCCACCAUGUCCCAGCCCCGGACCCCAGAGCAGGCACUGGAUACGCCGGGGGACUGCCCCCCAGGCAGGAGAGACGAGGACGCUGGGGAGGGGAUCCAGUGCUCCCAACGCAUGCUCAGCUUCAGUGAUGCCCUGCUGUCCAUCAUCGCCACCGUCAUGAUCCUGCCUGUGACCCACACGGAGAUCUCCCCAGAACAGCAGUUCGACAGAAGUGUACAGAGGCUUCUGGCAACACGGAUUGCCGUCUACCUGAUGACCUUUCUCAUCGUGACAGUGGCCUGGGCAGCACACACAAGGUUGUUCCAAGUUGUUGGGAAAACAGACGACACACUUGCCCUGCUCAACCUGGCCUGCAUGAUGACCAUCACCUUCCUGCCUUACACGUUUUCGUUAAUGGUGACCUUCCCUGAUGUGCCUCUGGGCAUCUUCUUGUUCUGUGUGUGUGUGAUCGCCAUCGGGGUCGUGCAGGCACUGAUUGUGGGGUACGCAUUCCACUUCCCGCACCUGCUGAGCCCGCAGAUCCGGCGCUCUGCCCACAGGGCUCUGUACCGACGACACGUCCUGGGCAUCGUCCUCCAAGGCCCAGCCCUGUGCUUUGCAGCGGCCAUCUUCGCUCUCUUCUUUGUCCCUUUGUCUUACCUGCUGAUGGUGACUGUCAUCCUCCUCCCCUAUGUCAGCAAGGUCACCGGCUGGUGCAGAGACAGGCUCCUGGGCCGCAGGGAGCCCUCGGCUCACCCAGUGGAAGUCUUCUCGUUUGACCUCCACGAGCCACUCAGCAAGGAGCGCGUGGAAGCCUUCAGCGACGGAGUCUACGCCAUCGUGGCCACGCUUCUCAUCCUGGACAUCUGCGAAGACAACGUCCCGGACCCCAAGGAUGUGAAGGAGAGGUUCGGCGGCAGCCUCGUGGCCGCCCUGAGUGCGACCGGGCCGCGCUUCCUGGCGUACUUCGGCUCCUUCGCCACGGUGGGACUGCUGUGGUUCGCCCACCACUCACUCUUCCUGCAUGUGCGCAAGGCCACGCGGGCCAUGGGGCUGCUGAACACGCUCUCGCUGGCCUUCGUGGGUGGCCUCCCACUAGCCUACCAGCAGACCUCGGCCUUCGCCCGGCAGCCCCGCGAUGAGCUGGAGCGCGUGCGUGUCAGCUGCACCAUCAUCUUCCUGGCCAGCAUCUUCCAGCUGGCCAUGUGGACCACGGCGCUGCUGCACCAGGCGGAGACGCUGCAGCCCUCGGUGUGGUUUGGCGGCCGGGAGCACGUGCUCAUGUUCGCCAAGCUGGCGCUGUACCCCUGUGCCAGCCUACUGGCCUUCGCCUCCACCUGCCUGCUGAGCAGGUUCAGUGUGGGCAUCUUCCACCUCAUGCAGAUCGCCGUGCCCUGCGCCUUCCUGUUGCUGCGCCUGCUCGUGGGCCUGGCCCUGGCCACCCUGCGGGUUCUGCGGGGCCUCGCCCGGCCCGAACACCCCCCGCCAGCCCCCACGGGCCAGGACGACCCACAGUCCCAGCUCCCCCCUGCCCCCUGCUAGCAGCCACAGAGCCCACUUCCAGCCGUCCUCACCAGAGAUGGACCAGGGAGGACAGGAUGCUGGGCAGGGGAAGCCAAGUCACGGGCAGGCCGCAGUGGUUCUUGCGUGGCCUGGUUUUAUUUUCAUUGUGAAAUAUCAUGCUCUUAUUUCAGUCCUCAAA